UCCUUUCUCCACACCACUUUAUUACUUUAAACUAAAAAAAAACAUUUCAUUUGUUCACUUUGAGAAAACACAUGCAGACAAUGGAAGGAAGACAAUAUUACCAAAACCCCGAAGGAAACAAUCAUAGCUCUUCAAUGGUGGUGCCACACUCGCCGUGGCACUCUCCGGUUCCUUAUCUUUUCGGUGGUUUGGCCGCCAUGCUGGCCCUCAUCGCCUUCUCUCUUCUCAUCCUCGCUUGUUCUUACUGGCGGCUCACUGGCUCGGCUGAGAGUGAUCUCGAGGCCGGAGAUGAUGAAAAACCCGAAGGUGACACUCACAAGAACAAGACCACAGAGUUGCCAGAGAAGUUUCUCGUCAUCAUGGCAGGAGACGUCAAACCCACGUACCUGGCUACGCCGGCGAAUCGGUCUGAGAAAAGCUGUACUUGCGGUGAUAAUAAGGAAGAGGUUGGUAAUAGUCAGGUGGUGCGGCAGAGCACUGGAACUUGAAAACAGAGUAAUCAUUACUGACUCUGAAUUAUGCGUUUAGAGGAGCGGAUGGGAUAAAACUGGGUUUUAUUUCACUAUUUUUGUCUGGUUAAACUAAAACGAUGUUUAUGCAUCAUUCGUGUGGUUUUUGGUUCUUUUUAAUCUUUGCUUUGUAGUACAUUAGAUGAUUAGUAACUACUAAUUGAAAAAUUGACUCUUAAGUUAAUACUUAUGAGCUGUUCGACUUCA